AUGGAUCCCCAUCUAUCCAGAACGUUCCAGUCACUCACCCGAAGCAAGAUCCAUGAGCUGGAAAAGCAACGUAACAUCUACGAGUCUCGCAAGGCAGAGACACUGGAAACUGCGUCCAAAUGUCCAACACUCCGAGAACGGGUUGCACAGCUUGUUGUGGGAACGAAAAAGCUGUCCCAAGGCGCCGAGUCCGACAGUGAAAUUGCCAAUAUUGAACAUUGGGUGGAACAAGCUCGAUUUGACGCUUCAAUUCCAUCAGAGAAGCUGGAAGGCUUCGAGACACAUCUGCGUGAUAGGUUGGAUGCGUACAGUCGGAAGUUGAAUCUCGCCGAUUUGUAUUCGCGUCUUCUCACCGAAUGGAUGAAUCCUCGUUCAAAGCAUGAGGAUGUAGCAAAUCAUCCUAGCGAGGACGAAGACUUCGAGAUUGUCGAUGAGCGGCAAAAGGAGAGACUGAAGCAGCUAUGCGACCAGUUCGAGGACAUGGUUUUCAAGCCCUAUGAAACCAGCCCGGCCGAAAUAACUUCGUUUCUGCAGGGACUUUUCCCGGGCGCGGACGGUGUUAAGUCUUUGGAAAGUCUUCGAUCCAAAAUCAGUGUCGAAUCACAAUCAAUUUGGGAUCAAAAGGACCCUUUCACCGUCGAUUCGCUGUCCCGAUGCAUCCGAGGCAUUCGAAAUGAGGAGAUCAUCAGCGAGCAGAAGCAGCAGACACUAAAGCAUUUUUUGGACAAUAAGGUUGCUUUGAAUGAAAUUGCCGAUGUGCUUAACAUGCGAUACGCCGACCUGCGGAACUGGGACUGGCAUGCCGAUAGUGAAGGUGUUCCUGUGCUUCCACGCCAGCAGCUGAACGGCAAAUACCGAAUUUGGAUGGACGAGGACGUUCUAGAAACCAUUUUCGUCGAACACAUUUGCAUACGAAUUUGCCAGAUGCUCAAGAAUACUCUGAAGGGAUUCAUCGAGGACAAGCAGUCGGUGUGGGACGUUCCUAUGAAGCCAAAAAUGACUCGUCAGGACCGGCUACGUCGAAGAUAUUAUUGUGGCGAGCAGCGGAGCGACAGUCUGGAGGCCUGUCGAAAAGCUGAAUUCGAGAAUGAUUUCUUCCUCACGGCACUUCCAGAUGACGAAGGAACUGGUUGGAAUUACGAUGAUGGGGAUGAGCAUAAUCUGGAGCAAAGAAGAAAAAGCGUCAAGCAAAUGUUGCUGAGAAAGGUCGUCACCGAGACCCUCUUGGCACGUCAUCUUCAUGGUGAGGCUGUUGUCAUUCAGUCGGAUUUACGGUGGUACGCAACCUCGAUCCCACACAGCACAGUCUAUACCAUCCUCGAAUUCAUCGGAUUCUCAGAGGAUUGGGUUGAAUUCUUUCGAAAAUACCUCGAGACUCCGUUGAACAUGGACAAAUCCUUCGAGGGACAUGACCAACUCGGGCCUCGCAAACGCAGAAGGGGAAUUCCCAUUGCACAUGCCUCUGAGAAAACCAUUGGCGAAUUGAUCCUCUUCUUCAUGGAUCUUGCGGUCAGACGCGAGACUGGGGUCCUUCUGUAUCGUCUUCAUGAUGAUAUCUGGCUCUCCGGGGAACCCCAGAAGUGCGCGCAAUCGUGGGAGGCGAUGCAGAGGUUCGCAAAUAUUACCGGCCUCACGUUCAACAAAAGUAAGACAGGAUCAGUCUAUCUGAGCAAUUCGAUCGAUCCUGCAAUUGCGUCGAGAUUGCCUAAUGAAUCGGUGAAAAUCGGCUUCUUGAUGUUGGACCCUUCUUCAGGCGACUGGGUUAUCGACCAUUCACAGGUCCAGACCCACAUUAAUCAACUCAAGAGACAAUUGGAUCAGUGCAACAGCUUGCUUUCAUGGAUACGAACCUGGAACAGCUGCAUUGGCAGAUUCUUCAAGAACACUUUUGGGGAGCCCGCAUUCUGCUUCGGGCGGCCACAUAUCGAUGCCAUCCUUACCUCAUAUGAGGAAAUGCACAAAACUAUAUUUGGGACCAAGACUAACAACACCUACUGUGGAGGCACUUUAACUGAAUAUCUCAGAAAUGAGAUUGCUUCUCGCUUCGGCGUGUCUGAUAUUCCGGACGCUUUCUUCUUCCUUCCUGAAAAGUUAGGAGGGCUGGGCGUGAGGAACCCAUUUGUCUCGAUUUUUCCGCUACGCCAGCACCUGCUGAAAUCGGGCCAAGAGCUAGUGGAAACUUUCCUGAGGUUGGAGCUUGCGGAGUACGAUAUGGCAAAAAAGGAGUUUGUGAAGAUGACUCCGAGGCAGCGGGUGAGACGUUUGGGAAACCUGAAAUCUGAAAACUCAUCAGAAGAAGAUGAAAUUGUCUCUUCGGAGGAGAUGCAUACAUUCAUGACCUUCGCAGAGUGGACUCGAUUCCGUGACGAAACGAGUUCCAGUCUGACUGCCUUGUACCGACGACUUAUGGAUACUCCCAGUCACAAUUCACCCUGUACCACGGAGAAAGUUGAAUCCGCCUUGCGGAAAGCCCAAAACAAAUUUGGCCUCCAUUAUAUUGAUGCCGAAUUCAAAUGGAUCUUGUACAUGUAUGCGGAUGAUCUUCUGACAAAGUUCGGUGGAUUGAACCUGGUGGACAAACAGUUCUUGCCCACAGGAGUCUUGGACAUGAUCAAAGAGAAGAAAGUUACGUGGCAGAUGGCUUUAUAA